AUGCGCAUCGCUUCCACGUCUCUCCUGCUAGCCAGCUUGGCACUGGCGGACGCCCUCAAGACGCCGCUUGAGUAUGAGCAUGAGUUCUCGGCCUGGAUGAAGACGCACUCCGUCUCGUUCUCGGACGCGCUCGAAUUCGCUAAGCGUCUGGAGAACUACAUCGCCAACGACAUGUACAUCAUGGAACACAACCUCGAGAACGCCUGGACAGGCGUGAAGCUGGACCACAACGAGUUCUCCAGCAUGUCGUUCGAAGAGUUCAAGUUCAAAAUGACGGGCUACGUCAUGCCCGAGGGCUACUUGGAGCAGCGUCUGGCCUCCCGAGUGGACAAUCUCUGGAGCGACGUGCAGGUGCCUGACUCAGUGGACUGGCAAGACAAGGGAGGCGUGACCCCCGUCAAGAACCAGGGAAUGUGUGGCUCGUGCUGGGCCUUCUCCACUACGGGUGCUGUAGAGGGUGCGGCCUUCGUCUCGAGCGGGAAGCUGGUCAGUCUCUCGGAGCAGGAGCUGGUGGACUGCGACCAUAAUGGAGACAUGGGCUGUAACGGAGGUCUCAUGGACCACGCCUUUGCGUGGAUUGAGGACAAUGGAGGUAUCUGUAGCGAGGAUGACUACGAGUACAAGGCCAAGGCUCAAGUCUGCCGCGAUUGCGAGAAAGUUGUCAAGAUCUCGGGUUUUCAGGACGUCAACCCGCAGGAUGAACACGCACUCAAGGUGGCGGUCGCUCAGCAGCCAGUUUCGGUGGCUAUUGAGGCAGACCAGAAGGCGUUCCAGUUCUACAAGUCUGGAGUCUUCAAUCUCACAUGCGGCACGAGACUGGACCAUGGUGUGCUAGCUGUGGGCUAUGGCUCGGAAAAUGGACAGAAAUUUUGGAAGGUUAAGAACUCGUGGGGAUCCUCAUGGGGUGAGAAGGGGUACAUCCGUCUUGCACGUGAGGAGAACGGACCUGCUGGACAGUGCGGCAUCGCCUCGGUGCCUAGUUACCCGUUCGCGACGUUGAUUAAAAAGGACGAAGAAACGGAGACCCAGAAGAUUGUUGAGGAGCCGCGAUCGGUCCCUGCUGCAAACGCCGUGGAGUCGUUCCCUGCCGAAGAAGCACGCGACUUCCGUCCCGUGAACUUGGCUGAUCUGUUCUCCUCCGCGAAGAUUAAACAGUGUGGUGAUGUUGGCAGCGCGAUCAUUGACUUCUCCGACCUGGAAGUCACCCCGUCGUCCCCUCAACGCGGCCAGCCGGUUUCAUUUUUCGGCAAUGGGAACGCGAAGAAGGAUUUCGACUCGGCGAACUUCAAGCUGGGCGUCAAGCUGGCCGGCACGCAGGUGUUCGGACACUCGGGUAAGCUGUGCGGCGACACCCACAUCCCUCUUCCGCUGGGCUUGGGCCACAUCGAUGUGCACGGCUUCGCGUGCCCCAUGAAAAAGGGCAAAUCUUCGGACCUGAAGGUGGACGUGAACCUCCCAAUCAUUGCGCCUGCUGGCAACUACGAGAUCCAGCUGACGAGCGAUGACGACAGUAACAGCUCCUUGUUCUGCGUGAAUGUUGAGCUUGACCUGACGGGUGGCGAAACCGCGAAGAAGACCCACGUGUACGAACCCAUUUCGUACAUGUAA